UCUAAACCACAGUUCUGCAUCUACGCUUCUACCAAACGCAAUUCAGCAAUGGCCUCUCUGUUCACCGUUCUAGCAGUAGCUAGCGUCCUUACCAUUUCCGGUCAGGCGCUACCGAGCCGGCCCCACUCUUUGCGUCCGUGGUCCAACCCGUUCCUACGCUCGUCGGGUCGUAUCGUCGGUGGAUACGAGGUAGACAUUGCUGAUGUGCCGUUCCAGGUGUCCCUACAGCGUGAUUAUAGACACUUCUGUGGAGGAUCUAUCAUUGCCCGCAAAUGGGUCCUGACGGCCGCCCAUUGCGCCGCCAGUGACGAAAAUCCAGAGAUAAGUUUACGCAUCGGAUCCAGUCUGCACAGCCAGGGUGGUCAACUGGUACCGGUCAAGCGUGUCGUUCAACAUCCGCAAUACGAUUUUUUGACUAUCGAUUACGACUUUGCGUUGUUGGAGUUAAAUGAGGAGCUGGAACUGAACGAGGACCUGUACGCUGUUGAACUUCCGGAGCAGGACGAGCCGGUUCAGGAUGGAUCGUGUCUGCAGGUUUCCGGAUGGGGUAAUACCAUGAGCGUGGUGGAGACAGGUGAAGAACUUAGGGCGGCUUACGUUCCGGCUGUCAACCAGGAGAAGUGCGUGCAGGCUUAUGCUUCGUUCGGCGAGAUCACCCCACGGAUGCUGUGUGCCGGUUUCGACAAGGGAGGCAAGGACGCUUGCCAGGGUGAUUCCGGUGGUCCGCUGGUUGAGGGAUCCAAGCUGGUCGGAGUGGUGUCCUGGGGUAAGGGCUGCGCCGAGGAAGGAUAUCCAGGAGUGUACUCUCGGGUGGCUACCGUUCGCGAAUGGAUCAAGGAAACCAGUGGGGUUUAAGUCCAGGUUGAUGCACUUUGGUAAACAAUUGAUCAAAAGACACAGAAAAUAUAAAACACUAAAAACUACUAAAAACUUUACAGUGUCCUGAAAAUUUGUCAUCCAUUAUUUCAAAUACAAAAUCCGAUCAAGAAAACAUUAUGAGCAUCCAUUUCCAUAGUGUGUCUUCUAGUCGUAAUCCAUUAAUGCUCGUAAAUUAUUCCUGCAUUGAUGUUAGUCGUCCUGUUUUUGAAACUCCCAAUGGUGGUUUCUGUAUGGAACGUACCAACCGGGAGAAAUGGGAACGAAUCUAAAUGACUGCACAGAAAACUGUGCCAUUCGUGCCAUUCCGAAAAGUGAUUUAUCGGUCUCGAGGAUAGAUAAUGCCAUGAUAGAUACGAAUGGAUUCAGUCAGGAGACGUGUGAUUUAUGAUGGAUAGUUUUUCGUGGAUUUUUUUUUCGUAUUCCACCCAUGUGAAUUAUAACAUGAGAAGGUGUUUGUUUCAGUGUAUGUACAGAUUGUUAUUCUUGUACCAGAAAGAUAGACUCCAUUAAACUCUAUAUUUAUGCCCUUCCAAUGUGAAUUCCCAGGGAAAGUCAAAUUUCGCCAAAUUAGCUUAUUUAUACAUUCAUUAGUUGGAUUGAUAAUGCAUCUACCCUCUGUCACAAAAUUCAUAUACGAACGGUCAAAUCAAAAUUAAAUGCAUGCAAUGCUUAUACAUAUAGCGCAUCUCAUUACCAUUGAAAAUCAGGCUGUUUUGGGAAUAUACUUGGUAAGAUACUCAAACAGUAUUAUCUAUUAAACAUAGAAUUUGUGCUUCUUGCGCAAAUACUCCAAUUAUACAUACGGGGCCAAAAUACACUCAAAAUAUACAGAAUAAUUGAUAACUGUAAUUAGGCAUCGAAUCCAGAAGCAGAGGUUCAAUAUGUUGCUUUGUUUUACUGGCUUGUUGCACAUUUUACAGUACCGGACGGAAAUAUGUCUCUUUAUCGUUAUGAUUUGGACGGCAUUUUGGAUGGCAAUCUGGCUGCUUCCUUAGAACUUCUAAUGGGUAUUUCCACAGAAGAAUCAGACUUAGAGACGUGUCUUCCGAAACUUUUACAGGCUGUUAACUGCCUGAAAAAAAAACCCGGAAUCCUGAGAAAAUUUUAUUUAACAGUGAAACACCUGGAAUACACGAGGAAUAUCUUGAAUACAUACUCAGAGAAAUGUUGCAUGGAUAAAGAUACAUAAUAAUAUUGGGUCGAAUGUAUGAGAGUAUAAAACUUUACUACAUACUUGUAAAUAUACUCAAAAGUAGAGUCCAAAGAGUUUACUCCAUUGUCGGUUGGCAUGUAUUUAUAAAUAAUAAAAAAAAUAAUAGGGUGACUUUGGGUAGUAUCGGUAGGUUUGUUAUUUUCAUCAUGGCGAGUUUUUUGUCGGACAAAUUACCUGAUACUUGAUAGUAUAAUUGUUGGGAAAGAUUUGAAGCCAACUUUGAGUUCAACAGCUUUCAAAAAAUCCCCCAUGACGAAGAGAACAAAACGGCCGAAAAUACGUAAGUUCCCCUAAGUGUUUACAACUUUCGAACAUGAACUUUUAUACUACUUAUUUGUAGUCAUAACUGAUUAAAUAAAUAUUGCUCCCGUAAUGCUAAAGGUUGUGGUUCCGUAAAGACGUUGGAGAUUCCUCAAGAUUAUUCGACAAGCUAGUUAAUUCUGGAAGGAAACUGGAUAGUUGUGCUAGAGCAACAAGAGGAGGGCUAGAUCUAGCAGAUAUUUCCGGCGUCUCUCGGCGUUUUUUUUACAUAACCUAAGACUUUCUUGUUACAUUUUUCCGGAAUGCCUUCAGGGAUUUCUGCAGAAGCUAUUUCUCAUGGAAUUAUAUCUAGGGAAGAAAUCCCUUAAAGAACUUCUGAAAAAAAAAUCGCGCAAAAACCAGAGGGAAAGGCACUUCUUUACGGAUUUUUCCGAUUAGUAAAAGAAGUGUCAUUCCCCCUUGCAAAAGCAGUUGCAAUGCUAUCCCGAAAAAAAACACGGAGAGAAAUUUCUGAAGGAACUUUAUAAAUUUUGUAAGGAUCUUCCGGAGGAUUCCAGCGAGAAACUCUGGAAGCAUAUCGGGAAGACCUCUGGAAGAAAUUCCCGGGAGGUACUCCAGCAGAGACACUGGAAAACUACAGAAAUCAUAGGAGGAAGUCUAGUGGAAAUCCCAGGAUUAAUUCAAAGAUAUCCCGAAAGAACACCGAAAAAAUCUCGGAAGGAAUUAUUUAUGGGAGCAAAUACAUUAAAUAUUCAGGGAGAACUGGAGAAUUCAAAUAAAAAAGACUGGCGAUCCUCUAUGAAAAUGAAAACGCUAAAUUUUUGAAAAACUUUCAGCAUAAAUUGUUUUUUUUUUAAUUUGAGAGAAUUCUUGAUUUAUAAACUUUUGAAUCCCAUGAUUUGUUCAUGUAAAAUUGGAGUUAGGGACGAUUUUUUUUGCGAGUUUUUUACUCAAAACCAGAUACUAAGCAUCAUAUUUAAAAGUUUAGAACACUUAAAAAAAAUCCUCGCCUUUUGAACAUGAACAUAUUUUUUUAAAAUUCAGAACACUCUUAAAAUUUUAGUUUAAGGCUUUCAUUUGAUUAUUUAGAAUAUUGUUUUGGAAAUGAAGCAUAAAAACUAUUAUUUUGCCAAAAUUCUAUUUUUUGUUGUAUCUAAAAUACGUGUUUUUGAACGGUUUUUGAUAUGUAUCCAUGUUAAUAUCAUUUUUCAAAGAUACAGUUUUAUCACAGCAUUCUUAGGCAACAAAAAUAUCUACAAAAGCACGCCGAAAGAUUUGAAAUUGGUCAAGCGGUUAAAACGUUAUCGGGUCCAUAAGUUAUUUUUUUUUUGUAUAAGGAAGAAAAAAAUAACUUAAUAUUAAAAAAAACUCAUAUUUUGCGUGACUUGCGUGACGUGACACCUUUUUAUAACUCCAAAAUUUGACAUUGAGGCGACUGCGCCACCUUUAAAUCUCAAUAUGUUUUGCUCAUACUCAGAGGUUUCUCUUUUUAUGUCAUUUGAAUCCAAAAGAGCUUACGAAUUCCAGGUUUCAACAACUUUUGAAAAAUAAGCCGCAGCCUACUGUGGUUGGCUCACUAUCCUCUGUAUGCCAGCUUGAGAGUAUAAAAGUUUCAAACAUUUAAUAGCGGCCUCGCACGGUCAUCGAAGAAGGAAAGAACUGUUAGAGCGACAUCUGUUGCUAGUAGUGAUCGACUAUACCUCUGGUUUGGGUCUUCUUCAGGGAAGGUAGGCUGACGCAAAUUUUGAUUUUCUCUCACUUCCACACCCUCGGAUAUUUUUGGUCGAAUUUCGACAUUUUGAGGGGGGACACAAUAAAUUGUUUAAGAAUUUAACAAUUUUGAAGCGAAAUUAUAGUCGUCGAGAAAAUUGCUUAACAAAUCCGAUGAGUUUGACGAUUGCUUAAUUGUUUGAGUAAUUUUUCAUCAAAUACAUUCAUUAUUUAGUUUUCCCCCCACACCCCCUCCUUGACGAGUCAAUGAGCAAAGUGACAAAAGAAGAAAAUGAAAUACACUACCGAUCAAAAGUUUGGGGUCACCCCCUCAAAAACAUGUCUUUUUUUUAGGCCCAUAUCUUCGCCAAUUUGCGUCCGAUUUUAAAACCCUAGGUCUCAUUCAAAAGAUAAUAAAUCAAAGAAACUUUAAACAUGAUUAAAAAGAAAC